CAGCAACGGUGUUGUGUAUAUAAACAGUUCAUUUUCGAUCUAUGUCCACCUUGCUUACUUUUUUUCACUACACAGUAUGAAUAAUAGUACAACUGUUUCCACACAAGCCCCUUUGAAUGACCUCCGAAGACUAUAUCCAUGAAACCCCUCGGCCCCAGGGAAUUCCUUAUUGGCGUCUACUCACCGACCAAGGCGUUGUCACGCCCGAAAUAACCGACCACCCCUAUAGGGGCUCCGGCACAGAUGAUGACCCUUACAUUGUGGAAUGGAUCCCUAAUGAUCCCCGUAACCCGAUGUUGCUUAACAAGUCCCUGAAAUGGGCUUACACUAUCACUGUUGCUUUCGCCACAUUCGGCGUCUCGCUUUCCUCCUCCGCGUAUGCAGGAAGCAUCCAGGAAAUCAUCAAAGAUUUCGGUAUCAGCGAGGAAGUAGCGACACUGGGCGUGUCACUGUUCGUCCUAGGCUUUGCAGUUGGCCCAUUAGUAUGGGCGCCCCUGAGUGAGCUGAUCGGUCGCCAGAUCGUUUUUCUCAUCUCAUAUGGCGCUCUCGCAUUCUUCUGCGCUGGCGCCGCCGGUGCACAAAAUAGCUGGACGUUGAUCAUUCUGCGCUUCUUCGCUGGCUCGUUCGGAUCCUCGCCAUUAACAAACGCCGGAGGCGUCAUCGCCGAUAUCUUCCCGGCAGAAGAACGAGGUCUAGCAACAAGCCUAUUCGCCGGCGCACCGUUCCUAGGUCCAACCCUAGGCCCCGUAAUCGGCGGCUUCCUCGGCGAAAACGCCGGCUGGCGCUGGGUACAAGGCUUCCUCGCAACCUUCACCGGCCUGAUCUGGAUCGUGGAAUCGCUCCUCGUCCCCGAAACCUACGCUCCGCUACUUCUCCGCAAGCGCGCUGCCCGCCUCACAGCGCUCACCGGCAAAGUCCACCGGAGCAAACUCGAGCUUGAACGCGGCAAAGUAACCAUGACGAGCGCCUUUGGCACCGCCCUCCUCCGCCCCUGGAUCCUCCUCUUCGCCGAGCCCAUCGUCCUCCUCCUCUCAACCUACAUGGCCAUCAUCUACGGCACCCUGUACAUGCUCUUCGACGCCUUCCCCAUCGUCUUCCAACAGCUCCGCGGCUGGUCCGAGGGCGUCGGCUCGCUCCCCUUCCUCGGCGUCAUGAUCGGCAUGAUGCUCGCCGUCGCCCUAAACAUGCACGACAACAACCGCUACGUCGCAAUCCACAAAGCCCACCACGGCUUCGCGCCCCCUGAAGCCCGCCUCCCCCCGACCAUGCUCGGCAGCCUCGCCAUCCCCAUCGGCCUCUUCUGGUUCGCCUGGACGAACGCACCCCCCGUCCACUGGAUCGUCAGCAUCAUCGCCGCCGCCCCCUUCGGCUUCGGCAUGGUUCUCGUCUUCCUCAACAUCAUGUCCUACCUCAUCGACGCCUACACCAUCUACGCUGCCAGCGUGCUCGCCGCAAACUCCAUCAUCAGAUCCUGUUUCGGCGCUGGCUUCCCCCUCUUCACCUCCUACAUGUAUCGCAAUCUGGGCGUCCAUUGGGCGUCCUGUAUCCCGGCCUUCUUGGCCCUGGCUUGUGUGCCUUUUCCGUUUGUUUUCUAUAAGUAUGGUGCGGUUAUACGCAGGAAGUGUAAAUACGCUGCCGAGGCGGAUGACUUUGUGAGGCGGUUGGCGGAGAAGACAGUCUCUCCGGAGGAGGAGAAGGUUGUUGAUGAGGAGGUUCGGGAGGGGAGUGCGGAUGAGGGACAGGACUUGGAGAGGGUGGAGUCUGCGGGUAGGAGCUCGCUGUCGACUGUGCAUGAGGGGACAUCGGGUUAUGAGGCUAAUCCGUACGACAUCGAUCGUGUUAAUACGAGGAAUUCGGCCAUUUCGAGACGGUCCAGGUCCAGGUCUGCUAAGGGGAGGAAGAAGGGGUUUUUGGGGUUUUGAUGCGGGGUUGAGAGGUUGGUUUUCUAUGUAAUGUCUAGAUAUAGGUAACUGUUUAUUAAGAUUGAGGGUUUAUUGUCGGUAGAGGCGCU